AUGGGUCCUGCUAGUGCGAGGCAUGAGGUCAAACUGCCUGGUCAUAGGUAGGAAAGGAUGAAGACAAGCCAUGGGGAUAGUGGGGAGCCACGGUAGGUAUAGGAGUAGGGCUGUGUCCUCAGGUGUGUACAGGGUAGACCAGGUCCAGCAGGGGCCUUCCAAAGUGCCACAGCCCCCAGGAGUAGUAGGGACACAUGGGGCCAGGGGAGUGCCCUUCCUUGGGGGGAAAUGACCUGUGGAUGGGGAAAAGGGCAGUGAUGGCGCUGUUUUAUUGUUUCUUCCCACCAGGCUGGCUCGCAGGGGCUGCCCCUGUGCCCAUGAUGGGGAUGGGGUUGCCAAGGCCCAGUGGGAUCCCCAGACCCAGAAUGCCAGCAGGGAUGGCUGUCCUUGUCCCAUGCUCCAGGGAACACUGGCCCCUCCAGCCUGGCUCCGCCAAGCCCUCCUGCUACAGCUGUCCGCGAUGGAGGCCACAGCCGAUUUCGUGGUCGAGAGCCCCGACGUGGUCUACGGCCCCGAUACCAUCGAGGCUCAGUAUGAGUACCGGACAGCGUGCGUCAGCCGCGAGGGCAACGUCCUCAAGGUAUACCCCACGUCCACGCGCUUCACCUUUCGGACCGCCAGGCAGGUGCCCCGGCUUGGGGUCAUGCUCGUCGGCUGGGGCGGGAACAACGGCUCCACGCUCACCGCCGCCGUGCUGGCCAACCGACUGCGCCUCUCCUGGCCCACGCGCACUGGCCGCAAGGAGGCCAACUACUACGGCUCGCUGACGCAGGCGGGCACCGUUAGCCUGGGCUUGGACGCCGAGGGCCAGGAGGUGUUCGUGCCCUUCAGCUCACUGCUGCCCAUGGUGGCACCCGACGACCUCGUGUUCGACGGCUGGGACAUAUCGUCGCUGAACUUGGCUGAAGCAAUGCGGCGCGCGCAGGUACUGGAUUGGGGGCUGCAGGAGCAACUGUGGCCGCACUUGGAGGCCCUGCGCCCGCGGCCCUCUGUCUACAUCCCCGAGUUCAUCGCAGCUAACCAGAGUGUGCGUGCUGACAACCUCAUACUGGGCACGCGCGCACAGCAGCUGGAGCAGAUCCGUAGGGACAUCCGUGACUUCCGGUCCAGCGCUGGGCUAGACAAGGUCAUCGUGCUGUGGACAGCGAACACUGAGCGCUUCUGCGAAGUGGUCCCAGGCCUCAAUGACACCGCUGAGAACCUGCUGCGGACCAUCCAGCUGGGCCUGGAGGUGUCGCCCUCCACUCUCUUCGCUGUGGCCAGCAUCUUGGAGGGCUGCGCCUUCCUCAAUGGAUCCCCACAGAACACACUGGUGCCCGGGGCGCUUGAGCUCGCCCGGCAAAGACGUGUCUUCGUGGGUGGUGACGACUUCAAGUCAGGCCAGACCAAGGUCAAGUCCGUGCUUGUGGACUUCCUUAUCGGCUCUGGCCUCAAGACCAUGUCCAUCGUGAGCUACAACCACCUGGGCAACAAUGACGGGCAGAACCUGUCGGCGCCGCCACAGUUCCGCUCCAAGGAGGUGUCCAAGAGCAGCGUGGUGGACGACAUGGUGCAGAGCAACCCGGUGCUCUACGGGCCCGGCGAGGAGCCUGACCACUGCGUGGUCAUCAAGUAUGUGCCGUACGUGGGCGACAGCAAGCGCGCGCUGGACGAGUACACCUCGGAGCUGAUGCUGGGCGGCACCAACACGCUGGUGCUGCACAACACGUGCGAGGACUCCCUCCUGGCUGCGCCCAUCAUGCUCGACCUGGUGCUGCUGACCGAGCUGUGCCAGCGUGUGAGCUUCUGCACGGACGCUGACCCGGAGCCGCAGGGCUUCCACUCGGUGCUGUCGCUGCUCAGCUUCCUGUUCAAGGCGCCGCUGGUGCCGCCCGGCAGCCCGGUGGUGAACGCGCUCUUCCGCCAGCGCAGCUGCAUCGAGAAUAUCCUCAGGGCCUGUGUGGGGCUCCCGCCGCAGAACCACAUGCUUCUGGAGCACAAGAUGGAGCGCCCCGGGCUCAAGCGAGUGGGGCCUGUGGUAGCCACCUGCCCUGUGCCUUGUAAGAGAGGAGCAGCACCCACUGCCCCCAAUGGCUGUACGGGUGAUGCCAAUGGGCUCUCCCAGGCUGACGCACCCCAGAUGCCCACCACUUAAGGCCAUGGCCAUCCUCCCCUAAAAUUCUUGCCCCACUGCACCCUCAGGACCCAACCCUUCCAAGACUGCUGAAGACAAUAAAGCCAGUGCCACUCUCA